AUGUUGGAGUCAACAGCGAAGCGGAUAAUGACACAGGAACGCAUCACCGUAGUAUGGGAAGACAUGAAAGUAAGAAGCAAAAACGGACGCCAGAUUUUGAACGGCAUAAGCGGAGUUGCACUACCCGGUGAAGUAGUGGCCGUGAUGGGAGCCAGCGCUUCUGGUAAAACGGUGUUUUUGAACGCAUUACUUCAUCGCAACCUUCGUGGACUUAUCGUUGAAGGUGAUGUCUUGGUGAAUGGACAAAGAAUUGGAAGUACUAUUACUAGUGUUUCGGCAUACGUCGAGCAGGAAGACAUAUUUGUAGGGACGCUCACGGUAAGUUUCCUGUUAAUCACGUAUAUGAGAACACAAUCAUUUGAACUGUAG